AUGAACGACAAUGGAUCCUUGCUAUUCUAUUUGCAAUAUGAUCAACGAAUGCCAAUAUCGAUGGUCGUUCGUGAAAGUGGCUAUAAAAUAAAAUUAAGAAUACAAAUAUUACAAAGUACCAAUAUAGCUAAAGUAAUAAUUAGUAAAUUACUUAUAAGAAAUUAUGCAGUAGAGAUAGCAAUCAUGGAAAUCGAAAAUCCACUUGUAAUGUUACAUUGGUUAGUAACGGCGUGUAUAAAUGAUGAUUUAAUUGAGUCUGAAUUCGGUGUAGCUUCAAGAUUGAGUAAAACCGCUAAAGGAUCAUCGAGUUUAGUUCUGCAAUCUGCAACAUUGCCAUAUGUUCCUCUUAGUCAAUGUAAAUCUUCAAAAAAUUAUGUUGAAUCUGAAAAUCUUAUAAUGAUGGACAAAUUUUGUGCUGGAACAUCUGUCUGCGAUGGUGACAGUGGAGAAGAGUUGGUAUAUCGAACUGGAAAUUUACGGGUUUUAAGAGGAAUCGUUAGUCUUUCUCUUGGUAAAAUAUUAAGGGCUGGUACAACUAUUUGUGACAAUAAUUCUUAUUCUCUUUACACAAAUGUAUCAUCUCAUAUAAACUGGAUCUAA